AGUAGACAAUCCACCUCAAAGGUGAUCCAGGCCACGGAUCCGCAAGCGUUUGGAAACCGCCGCACUAGCUCUGCCGUGAACGCCUCAAACCAGCUAGCUGUGCCUGUCAGUGUCUUGGAUUAUCUGGCCCUUCUGUCCUCCUGUACCUUUACAGGAAUCGAUUUGGUGCGAGUUUUCGAGAACGUCGCCCCGCAUUCAAAAUGUCUUCCACCGCUCUCGUCCACGAUGACGAUGUGAUGGACCCUAGUCUCCAAUCGAUCCUCGACCAAAAGACGCUGCGAUGGAUCUUCGUCGGUGGUAAGGGAGGUGUUGGAAAGACAACAACCUCGUGUUCCCUUGCGAUCCAGCUCGCGAAGGUCCGCAAGUCCGUUCUGCUCAUCUCAACCGACCCCGCACACAACCUGAGCGAUGCGUUUGGUCAAAAGUUCGGCAAGGAGGCCCGUCUGGUCGAUGGGUUCACCAACCUGAGCGCCAUGGAGAUUGAUCCGAAUGGCAGCAUUCAGGAUCUGCUUGCUGGUGGAGAGAACCAGCCCGAUGACCCCUUGGGCGGAUUGGGUAUGGGAGGCAUGAUGCAGGAUCUGGCUUUCAGUAUACCCGGUGUUGACGAGGCUAUGUCCUUUGCUGAAGUGUUGAAGCAAGUCAAGUCUCUCUCUUACGAAGUCAUUGUUUUCGACACUGCCCCCACCGGUCAUACUCUUCGUUUCCUUCAGUUCCCUACUGUUCUGGAAAAGGCACUGGCGAAGCUUUCUCAGCUGUCCGGCCAGUUUGGUCCGAUGUUGAACUCGAUCUUGGGCUCCCGCGGCGGUCUUCCCGGUGGACAGAACCUGGACGAGCUGCUACAGAAGAUGGAGUCUCUGCGCGAAACUAUCAGUGAGGUCAACACGCAGUUCAAGGAUGCAGACCUGACUACCUUCGUAUGUGUGUGUAUUGCCGAGUUCUUGUCCCUAUACGAGACGGAACGUAUGAUCCAGGAGCUGGCAAGCUACCACAUCGACUCCCACGCCAUCGUGGUUAACCAACUACUCUUCCCCAAGAAGGGAAGCGACUGUGAUCAGUGCAAUGCUCGUAGAAAGAUGCAGAAGAAGUAUCUGGAUCAGAUCGAAGAGCUGUACGAGGACUUCAACGUUGUCAGAAUGCCACUCCUGGUCGAGGAAGUUAGAGGAAAGGAGAAAUUGGAAAAGUUCAGCGAGAUGCUUGUUCACCCUUACGUGCCGCCGGAAUAGGUGUACAUCUAAGAAACACAAACUGCAAAUUUGAAAAAUUAGCGAGACGAAUGACGAAUGAAUAGAUUUAAUUCAUUUAACCCCGAGUAUAUCUACAUCCUUAGAGAAAAUCUCUUCACAUAGCUCUUGUUUAUUUCCUAAUCUGGAAAUGAUACUUCCAGCGC